AAUAACGUCCAGUCACGCCUCUCCAUCUGCUACAACACCAAUUCGCCCCUUGAGAACCACCACUGCGCUGUCGCCUUUGAUCUGGUUCGAACCCCCGAGACGAACAUUUUCAAGGGCCUCAGCGAUUCCGAUGCGAAUCUGGCUAAAAUACUGAGCCUACGGUAA